CAGGUAACCACUGAUCUAUACUACAGUUCUGGUAAAAAAUAUAAACUAUUAGUUAAAAUUCCUACUUGAUUUUCAUCUGGUAGAUGUCAGACCUGGUGAUUGACGAUGGAAAGCCAAACACAUUUUGGGAUCGAGUUAAGUGGGCAUUUUCUAAAAACGAAUAUGGGGAAAUCCGGCCAGAGAUUGCACAUAUUCCUGUAGUGGUGUUCUGCGGUUCUUUGGUUGGAAUGAUGGUGGGUGGUCGGCAUGGCACUAGGAUACGGGGUGCUUCAAACAUUGCUAGUAACCAACUGACUGUAUAUACAUCGUCUGCACAAGCCGAAAGGGAUCACUUCUCAGCAAUAUUGCUAGGAUUUUUUCAAUAUGGUUGUCGUUGGGGUUGGAGAGCAGGACUCUACUCUGGCAUAUAUAGUACGACACUCACUGCUGUGUCUAUUGGUCGAGAUAAGGAAGAUGCAUUGAAUUACAUUGCAGCUGGAGCAACCACAGGAACUGUUUAUAAACUAUUCUCAGGUUUUCGAGGGAUUCUUGUAGGCGCUCUCUUUGGUGCUGGCAUUUGUACACCUAUUGGGUUAACCAUGCAAGCACUGGGGCAUUUUAUUCCAUAUGAAAAAGUGUUGAAAGAUGAAAUAGCUGUACAAAAUGCCAAGAAGAAACAGCGGUUGGAAGUGACAGAAAAGAUUUUGUAUAGAAUGGAAAACGAAUACGAAAAUUCUAAAAAUAUUUAAGAUAUUUGUUGUCAAUAAAUAUUUAUAUAUUGAAUGGAUGUGAAAUUAUAUAAAGAAUACUAAUAGGGCGGUGUAUCUAUUGAAUUUGUCGUGGUGUUUGAAGCAGUUUAAUAAACUUGCAGGUUGUGUUUUAUUAACGCCACUCGUGCUGUGCACUUGUACUGACUAACCCAUUGAGUCACAUUG